CCUAACAUGGUCUUUCACCAAUCACCCUCACCACACUUUUUCACUACCAAAAAUACAAAAACAAAAAAACUCACAAAAAAUAAUAAAAUUAUGGAUUCAAAAAAGUCUAACAAAAUUAGGGAUAUUGUAAGGCUACAACAAAUCCUCAAGAAAUGGAGAAAAGUUGCAAAUGCAUCAACAAAAAACAACACCACCACCGUCUUCACCACCCAAAACGCCGCCGCAACCACCAUAAACAACGGUGGUAGCAGCAGCAGCAGCGGUGGAAACAAAGGCAUAAAGUUCUUAAAAAAGACACUUUCAUUUUCAGACAAUUACUCUGUUUCCUCUGUUUCAGCAACAACAGAGUAUGUACCAAAAGGUUACUUAGCAGUUUGUGUAGGAAAAGAGUUUAAAAGAUAUGUGAUCCCAACUGAAUAUUUAGGUCAUCAAGCAUUUGGUAUUUUAUUAAGAGAAGCUGAAGAAGAAUUUGGAUUUCAUCAAGAAGGUGUUCUUAAAAUCCCUUGCGAAGUUGCUGUGUUUGAGAAGAUCUUAAAAAUGGUGGAACAUAAACAUAAUCAUAAAAACCAGAAUCAAAGGGAAGAAGAAGAAGAGUCUUUUUACUUCCAUGAAAGCUUUGAAUUCCAUGCAUCUGAUAUUGAUGUUAUGAGUUCUACUUUAAGUGGUUGUUGUUCUCCAGAUUGUGAACAGCUUCUUCAACCUUCUAUUCCUCAAUUGUGCAGAUGAUCCAUCAUUUUUAACAAUGUCUUUCUUUUUUUUAUUAUUAUUAAUGGGUUUGCCCUUCCCCUCUUUAUUUUUUUUGUUGGAGGAAAAUGUAUUUAAGGGGAAUGAGGUAGAUUUUUCCUCAUUAGAACAAAUUUUACAAUGUUUGUUCUGUUUGUAAUGGUUGAUUAGAUUUUAGUAGAUCAGUCAUUCAUGUA